GUGAUCGGCGUGACUUUGAGCGAGGGUCUGGUGAAAUUUCAGCUCCGCACCAUGCUGAGGGGCAGGCGGCUCCUGGGCUUGGCGUUGCCCCGGCGACAGUUGGUUUUGAAUGGAUGCAGAUGGUGUUCCUCAGGAGUAAUUCCCAAUGAGAAUAUCCGCAACAUCGGAAUUUCAGCACACAUCGACUCUGGGAAGACUACGCUAACCGAGCGCAUUCUUUUCUAUACGGGCAGGAUUGCUCAAAUGCAUGAGGUAAAAGGAAAAGAUGGAGUUGGAGCUGUUAUGGAUUCAAUGGAAUUGGAACGGCAGCGUGGUAUCACUAUUCAGUCUGCUGCAACUUAUACCAUCUGGAAAGACACAAAUAUUAACCUCAUUGACACACCAGGGCAUGUAGAUUUCACUAUAGAAGUUGAAAGGGCACUGAGAGUUCUUGAUGGUGCCAUCCUGGUGCUAUGUGCUGUUGGAGGGGUUCAGUGCCAGACGAUGACCGUGAAUAGGCAGAUGAAGCGGUACCAAGUCCCAUUUCUGACUUUUAUCAACAAACUGGAUCGAAUGGGCUCAAAUCCAAACAGAGCCUUGCAACAACUCAGAUCCAAAUUAAAUCACAAUGCUGCCUUUCUUCAGAUUCCAGUGGGACUGGAGGGGAAUUUCAGAGGAGUCGUCGAUCUUAUUGAAGAAAGAGCCAUAUAUUUUGAUGGUGAUUUUGGCCAAACUGUUAGGUACGAUGAAAUUCCUCCUGAGUUCAGAGCUGAGUCUGCAGACCGGCGUCAAGAACUGAUCGAGUGUGUUGCGGAUUCUGACGAACUCCUUGGAGAGCUUUUUCUUGAAGAGAAGAUCCCAACAAUAGCUGACUUAAAGCUUGCUAUCAGAAGGGCAACGCUGAGCAAAUCCUUCACGCCAGUGCUGGUUGGAAGCGCUCUCAAGAACAAGGGGGUGCAGCCUCUCUUGGAUGCUGUGCUGGAUUACCUCCCAAACCCGUCGGAAGUCCAGAACUAUGCUCUUCUCAACCAGGAGAAUUCCCAGGAAAAAUCCAGGCUAUUGCUGGGGUCUGCCAGAGACAACUCCCUGCCUUUUUUGGGCUUGGCAUUUAAGCUCGAGGCCGGACGUUUUGGACAGCUCACAUACAUUCGUGUUUACCAGGGGAUGUUGAAGAAAAGCAAUUACAUCUACAACACUAGGACUGGGAAAAGAGUGCGAGUGCAGAGACUUGUCCGCAUGCACGCAGACAUGAUGGAGGAUGUGGAUGAAGUGUAUGCAGGAGAUAUAUGCGCGUUGUUCGGCAUUGACUGUGCUAGUGGGGAUACAUUCUCCGAUAAAUCCAGCACAGACCUUUCCAUGGAAUCUAUUCAUGUCCCUGAUCCUGUCAUUUCAGUAGCAAUGAAGCCUGCCAACAAGAAUGACUUUGAUAAGUUUUCAAAAGGUAUUAACCGCUUUAUCCGAGAAGAUCCUACCUUCAGAGUUCAGUUUGACGACGAGAGCAAGGAGACCAUUAUUUCAGGAAUGGGGGAACUACAUCUGGAAAUCUAUGCUCAGAGAAUGGAAAGAGAAUAUGGUUGUCCCUGCGUUAUAGGAAAGCCAAAAGUAGCCUUUAGAGAGAGCAUUGUGGCAACAGUACCGUUUGACUUCACUCAUAAAAGGCAGACUGGUGGGGCUGGCCAGUAUGGUAAAGUGAUUGGGUUUAUCGAACGUCUGGACGCAGAUGACAACACCAAAGUGGAAUUUGAUGACAGAACUGUCGGAACCAAUAUUCCAAAGCAGUUUGUGCCAGCUAUUGAAAAGGGCUUCCGUGAUGCAUGUGAGAAAGGUCCCUUGACAGGUCACAAGAUUUCAGGGAUACGGUUCGUCCUGGAGGAUGGCGCUCAUCACAUGGUGGACUCAAAUGAAAUCUCUUUCAUCAGGGCCGCAGAGGGUGCCCUGAAACAAGCUAUGGGAAGUGCGGUGGUGUGUAUUCUUGAGCCCGUUAUGUCUGUGGAAGUUGUAGCCCCCAUCGAAUUCCAAGGAGAGGUGAUGGCAGGAAUCAGCCGACGUCAAGGCAUCAUCACGGGGCAAGAUGGAACUGAAGGCUAUUUUACCAUCUAUGCUGAUGUUCCCUUGAAUGACAUGUUUGGAUAUGCGUCAGAAUUGAGAUCUUGCACAGAGGGAAAAGGUGAAUACACAAUGGAAUACAGUAAAUACCAGACCUGCUUACCCAGUACACAGGAAGAAUUAAUUAACAAAUACCUAGAAGCAACGGGACAACUUCCUGCGAAAAAAGGCAAGGCCAAGAGCUGAUUCACCUACAGGCAAGGUGAUUGUAAGGAUCCAAUGGCAAAAUUCUACUGCUCCAAAAUUCUGUUGGUUUAAUGACACAAGGAAAAUCAGAGCAGGCGGCUGAAUUUCAUCCUGGAUCGAUAACUGGACUUUAUUAAGUCAUUGAGAGACUGUUUCUGGAACUGUUCACUUAGACAAGUCUAUGAAUUAAUCAC